CUACGUAUGAAUCAUCAUCCGUCACUAUAACAGAAAACGCACCUCCUUCCUUUCUUUCUCCUCUCACCACCCCCAACACCAGAUACUCAAGCUUCUACAGGAAUGGCGGCGAUUUCAUCUCACUCCUCCUCUUCACUCUGCUUCGAUUCUCUCUCCUCCAGAGCUUCCUCUCUCUCCGGAAACUCUCUUCGCCGUCACAACCUCCGUUUCUCCGCCAACUUCGCCUCGUCUUCUCCGAUUAGCCGCCGAAGAAUCUCUUGCCAGACCUCUUCUCUGGCUCCAUUUCCUGCAUCUGUCGAUUCUUCAGUGAAAUCUGAUAAAAAGGAUUUUCUACACAUAACUGAUUAUGACAAGGCUACACUUUUGAAGAUCUUAGACCGCGCACUCGAAGUGAAGGCUCUUCUCAAAUCAGGCGACAGGUCAUUUCAGCCAUUCAAAGGGAAGACUAUGGCUAUGAUAUUUGCAAAGCCAUCCAUGAGAACACGAGUAUCGUUUGAGACAGGUUUUUUCUUGUUGGGGGGUCAUGCAAUAUACUUGGGACCUGAUGACAUUCAAAUGGGAAAGCGAGAAGAAACUCGAGAUGUUGCUCGUGUACUCUCUCGCUAUAACGACAUCAUUAUGGCCCGUGUUUUUGCUCAUCAGGAUAUCAUUGACCUAGCCAAGUAUUCACCUGUACCUGUGGUCAAUGGCCUGACCGAUUACAACCACCCUUGUCAAAUAAUGGCCGAUGCUCUGACUAUGAUUGAGCAUAUUGGUAGCAUAGAAGGAACCAAGGUCGUUUAUGUUGGCGAUGGGAACAAUAUUGUACAUUCUUGGUUGCUAUUGGCAGCAGUUAUUCCGUUCCAUUUUGUUUGUGCAUGCCCAAAGGGCUUUGAACCUGAUCAGAAGACGGUACAAAUGGCACAAGAGGCUGGCAUCAGCAAGAUUGAAAUUACAAAUGAUCCAAAAGAAGCUGUUAUUGGUGCAGAUGUAGUUUACUCUGAUGUUUGGGCAAGUAUGGGACAAAAGGAAGAAGCUGAGCAUCGUAGAAAAGUUUUCCAAGGAUUUCAGGUGGAUGAAGCGCUUAUGAAAAUAGCUGGACCAAAGGCAUAUUUCAUGCACUGUUUGCCAGCUGAGAGAGGAGUGGAAGUUACUGAUGGGGUCAUUGAAGCCCCCAACUCAAUUGUGUUCCCUCAAGCUGAAAACCGCAUGCAUGCUCAAAAUGCUAUAAUGCUUCACGUUCUCGGUGCCUGAAGUCUGACAUUUUCUCAACUUCUGCUGUACUGUAAUCUUAUUAUCUGAUGUCUUUUAGCAGUAGAAGGUGUAGAACUCAUAGAUUCAGAUCUCUUCUGCAUGUCUUAUAUUUGUGAAAGAGGGAUUGAAGACUUGCAAUUAAUAGCUGUAUUGAGUUUUUUAUGUUUCCACUUUCCACCUCCCCCCGUGAAAGAGUUUCAGAGCAGAAGUUUGUUUCUUUUUCUUCAA